AUGGCUCAAACAGGUUCCUCCUGUGAAGCCAAUGAAAAGCGGACAUGCCUUAAACGGAAGAGAAAUUCAACAGACGAUGAGGAGGUGGAGAACAUGCCACCGGUGAAGAAAUCACCAACAGCUGCUGAAGAAGCUAUUGACCAGCCAACACAUAAUGUCGUUGUUGAAUCUUCAUCAUGCUCCAGUGAUGAAGAGGGCUCUCAUUUUGAAAGUACUGAGCAGCCAAGAAGUGUAUACACAGACAUAGAAUAUAACCCUGAUAGUUUGUUAAGCCCACCAAGUAUACCUGAACUUCCUAAUUAUGUUCUGAGCCCUUUAGAAAAUGUUGCCAGGGGUGACUCUACACCACACUCUAACAAAAGGCCAAGUACAAGUAAAUUCCAGUGUCCCUCACCACCAAAACGAAAAUGUCCGCUACCAGGGCUCUCCUGGGCGGAUCCCAAAGAUGUAUGGCAAAGUAUGUGUGAAUGUGAUGUCAGAUCCAGUAUGAAGAAAAAUCCUAAUAUGUUUGACAAUCAUCCAAAUCUUCAACCAAGGAUGAGAGCCAUUUUACUGGACUGGUUGAAUGAGGUGUGUGAAGUAUAUAAACUGCACAGAGAGACGUUCCACUUAACCGUGGACUACGUAGAUCGGUACUUGUCUAACACCGCUGACGUGCAGAAAGGCCGAUUGCAACUCAUAGGUAUAACUUGUUUGUUCAUCGCUGCUAAAGUGGAAGAGGUAUAUCCACCGAAGAUCGGUGAAUUCGCGUAUGUGACAGACGGCGCGUGUACCACCGACGAGAUCCUUUUAGAAGAAUUGCUCAUACUCAAAAUACUAUCGUGGAGUAUCACACCAAUCACGAUCAACAGCUGGCUAAAUAUAUACAUGCAAUUGGCGAGCGAAGCGCGCAGUGCGAAGUGUAGGUUGCUGGGUGAAAGUGACGUGGGUGCUAACGCUCUGAGAGGCUACACGUUCGUGUUCCCACAGUACUCGUCGCUGGAGUUUGUGGUAUGCGGCCAACUGAUAGACCUGGCGGUGCUGCAUGUGGACGUGAAUCAGUUCUCGUAUAGUACUGUCGCUGCGGCGGCGAUGGCCCACGCUUUCAACAAGGAGCUCGCUUUGAGGGUGUCGGGCUACAGCUGGGAGCAGCUGGCGGCGUGCCACGCGUGGCUGGGCGUGUGCGAGCGCGUGGUGCGUGCGGCGGGCGGCGUGUCGGUCGUUCGCGGCGGCGACGGCGAGCACGUGCAGCGCGCCGCCGGCCUGCGCCUCGUGUGCCCCGCGCUCAACCCCGACGAGAGCCACCGCAUACAGUCGCACAACGUCACGCUCGACAUGUUUGUGAGUACACACACGCACACCUCUCUACUCGCAGUACUCUACGGCGACGGCGAGCAAGUGCAGCGCGCCGCCGGCCUGCGCCUCGUGUGCCCCGCGCUCAACCCCGACGAGAGCCACCGCAUACAGUCGCACAACGUCACGCUCGACAUGUUUGUGAGUACACACACGCACACCUCUCUACUCGCAGUACUCUACGGCGACGGCGAGCACCUGCAGCGCGCUGCCGGCCUGCGCCUCGUGUGCCCCGCGCUCAACCCCGACGAGAGCCACCGCAUACAGUCGCACAACGUCACGCUCGACAUGUUUGUGAGUACACACACGCACACCUCUCUACUCGCAGUACUCUACGGCGACGGCGAGCAAGUGCAGCGCGCCGCCGGCCUGCGCCUCGUGUGCCCCGCGCUCAACCCCGACGAGAGCCACCGCAUACAGUCGCACAACGUCACGCUCGACAUGUUUGUGAGUACACACACGCACACCUCUCUACUCGCAGUACUCUACGGCGACGGCGAGCACUUGCAGCGCGCCGCCGGCCUGCGCCUCGUGUGCCCCGCGCUCAACCUGACGAGAGCCACCGCAUACAUACUCUACGGCGACGGCGAGCGCCUGCAGCGCGCGGCCGGCCUGCGCCUCGUGUGCCCCGCGCUCAACCCCGACGAGAGCCACCGCAUACAGUCGCACAACGUCACGCUCGACAUGUUUGUGAGUACACACACGCACACCUCUCUACUCGCAGUACUCUACGGCGACGGCGAGCACGUGCAGCGCGCCGCCGGCCUGCGCCUCGUGUGCCCCGCGCUCAACCCCGACGAGAGCCACCGCAUACAGUCGCACUUCGUCACCCUCGACAUAUUUAAAGAUCAAGUAUAUCAAGAACUUUUAGAAAACUCUGCAUCUCAAACUAGCGUAGAUGAACCGACAUCCCAGGAGACCGAACACAUUUACCCACCGACGCCUCCACAAUCUGACCACAAGAGCCCUAAGACUCCAGCCACAAAAACACCCUCGACAAGGCAUCUAUCACCAGUACCUGAUAUAAGACUGCAUUCGGAAAUAGAGUGA